AUGUCCGAGCCCACGAAAAUCAGUAUCUUGGGUCGCGAAAGCAUUAUCGCUGAUUUCGGGCUUUGGCGAAACUAUGUGGCCAAGGAUCUGAUCAGCGACUGCCCCUCCACCACCUACGUCCUUAUCACCGAUACGAAUAUCGGAUCCAUUUACACCCCUGGCUUCCAGAAGGCCUUCGAAGAUGCGUCUGCCUCCAUUUCCCCCUCUCCGCGCCUCCUCGUCUAUAAUGCUCCUCCCGGUGAAGUCUCCAAGUCCCGACAGACAAAGGCCGAUAUUGAGGAUUGGAUGCUGAGCCAGAACCCACCAUGCGGUCGUGAUACUGUGGUCAUUGCUCUAGGUGGAGGAGUCAUCGGAGAUCUGACGGGCUUCGUCGCUGCAACCUACAUGCGUGGUGUUCGCUAUGUGCAGGUCCCCACUACUCUCCUUGCCAUGGUCGAUUCUUCAAUAGGCGGGAAAACCGCGAUUGACACUCCUCUGGGGAAGAACUUGAUCGGUUCUAUCUGGCAACCGACGAAAAUCUACAUUGACCUUGAAUUCUUGGAGACGCUGCCGGUGAGAGAAUUCAUCAAUGGCAUGGCCGAGGUCAUCAAGACCGCAGCCAUCUCCAGCGAAGAAGAAUUCACGGCUCUAGAGGAGAAUGCGGAGACGAUUCUCAAGGCCGUUCGCCGAGAGCUAAAGCCAGGACAACACCGGUUCGAGGGCAUCGAAGACAUUAUCAAAGCCAGAAUUUUGGCCUCUGCGCGGCACAAGGCAUUUGUCGUCUCGGCAGAUGAGCGCGAGGGUGGCCUCCGGAACCUUUUGAACUGGGGUCACUCCAUCGGGCAUGCCAUUGAAGCCAUCCUAACACCGCAAAUUCUUCAUGGAGAGUGUGUCGCAAUCGGCAUGGUGAAGGAGGCAGAACUAGCUCGCCACCUCGGUAUUUUGAAGAGCGUUGCGGUCGCCCGCAUUGUCAAGUGCAUUUCCGCCUAUGGGCUGCCUACCUCAAUGAAGGAUGCUCGGAUCCGAAAACUAACUGCCGGAAAGCACUGCUCGGUGGACCAGCUAAUGUUUAACAUGGCUUUGGACAAGAAGAACGAUGGCCCUAAGAAGAAGGUCGUCCUUCUCUCCGCCAUUGGGACUACAUACGAGCCUCGUGCCAGUGUCGUGGCCAAUGAGGAAAUUCGCGUGGUCCUUGCUCCAAGCAUUGAGGUACACCCUGGUGUAGAGAAGUCUUCAAACGUUGUGUGCGCACCUCCAGGAUCCAAGAGUAUCUCCAACCGAGCUUUGGUUCUGGCGGCUCUCGGCUCCGGCACUGUUCGCGUCAAGAACUUACUGCACUCCGAUGACACAGAGGUGAUGCUGAAUGCCUUGGAAAGACUAGGCGCUGCCACCUUUUCCUGGGAAGAUGAGGGUGAGGUGCUAGUGGUGAACGGCAAAGGUGGAAACCUUCAAGCAUACCCCUCGCCAUUGUACCUAGGAAAUGCCGGCACAGCUUCCAGAUUCCUAACAACCGUUGCCACUCUUGCCAACACAAGCACAGUAGAUCACAGUGUGCUCACCGGUAACAACCGCAUGAAGCAACGUCCUAUUGGAGAUCUCGUCGAUGCGUUAACCGCCAACGGCGCUUCCAUUGACUAUGUGGAGAGCAAGGGCAGUCUGCCUCUUAAGAUCGCCGCGUCCGGAGGAUUUGCUGGUGGAAAUAUCAAUCUGGCUGCCAAGGUAUCUUCCCAAUACGUGUCUUCGCUGCUCAUGUGUGCGCCCUACGCCAAGGAACCUGUGACGUUGAAACUGGUUGGAGGGAAGCCAAUCUCUCAGCCGUAUAUUGAUAUGACGACCGCGAUGAUGCGUUCGUUUGGUAUCGAUGUGCAAAAGUCCACCACUGAAGAGCACACCUACCAUAUUCCCCAGGGCCGUUAUGUAAACCCUACCGAAUACGUUAUCGAGAGUGAUGCCAGCUCCGCCACCUACCCUCUGGCCGUUGCAGCAAUCACGGGUACUACUUGCACCGUUCCCAACAUUGGAUCUGGCUCUCUUCAAGGUGAUGCCCGAUUCGCUGUCGAGGUCUUGAGACCCAUGGGAUGCACUGUCGAGCAAUCUGAAACCUCCACUACCGUGACUGGGCCCUCGGACGGCAUCCUACGGCCACUUCCUAACGUGGAUAUGGAACCCAUGACAGACGCAUUCCUUGGCGCUUCCGUGCUUGCAGCUAUUGCUCGCGGGAAGGACUCGAAUCACACCACCCGUAUUUACGGUAUUGCCAACCAGCGUGUAAAGGAGUGCAACCGUAUCAAGGCGAUGAAGGACGAGCUUGCCAAAUUCGGAGUUGUCUGCCGCGAGCACGACGAUGGUCUUGAGAUCGACGGGGUUGACCGCACAACUCUCCGCCAACCAGCUGGGGGUAUCUUCUGCUAUGAUGAUCACCGAGUUGCGUUUAGUUUCAGCGUUUUGUCUCUUGCCACUCCCCAGCCAACUUUGAUCCUCGAGAAAGAAUGUGUAGGAAAGACAUGGCCCGGUUGGUGGGAUACCCUCCGGCAGUUGUACAAGGUGAAGCUCGAGGGCAAGGAAUUGGAAGAAGAAUCGCUAGCUCUUAGCAGUACAGACAAGGCCAGCGCUUCGAUUUACAUUAUUGGAAUGCGUGGCGCUGGAAAGUCUACCGCCGGAAACUGGGUUUCCAAGGCGCUCGACCGACCAUUCAUCGACCUAGACACAGAGCUCGAGACCACUGAGGGCAUGACCAUUCCCGACAUCAUCAAGACGAGAGGCUGGCAAGGUUUCCGCGAUGCGGAGCUGGAGAUUCUGAAGCGCACCAUGAAGGAGCGACCAAAGGGUUACGUCUUUGCCUGCGGUGGCGGAGUAGUGGAGAUGCCUGAAGCCCGGAAGUUGCUCGUUGAUUACCACAAGAACAAGGGGAAUGUGUUGCUCCUCAUGCGCGACAUCUCAAAGAUUAUGGACUUCCUAUCGAUCGACAAGACCCGCCCCGCUUACGUCGAGGAUAUGAUGGGCGUGUGGCUACGACGCAAGCCCUGGUUCCAAGAGUGCAGCAACAUUCAAUACUACAGCCGGGAUGCUACUCCAGGCGGAUUGCCUCGCGCGUCAGAGGACUUUAACCGAUUCUUGCAGGUCGCAACUGGGCAAAUCAACAUCCUUGAUGCUGUCAAGCAGAAGGAGCACACAUUCUUUGUGUCUUUGACGCUGCCGGAUCUACGUGAGGCUGGCGACAUUCUCGAAGAAGUCUGCGUGGGGUCCGACGCCGUCGAGCUGCGGGUUGAUCUACUGAAGGAUCCCGCGUCGGACAGCGAUAUCCCAUCUGUCGACUACGUAUUGGAGCAGCUAUCGUUCCUACGCAGUCGGUCCACGCUCCCUGUUAUCUUCACCAUCCGUACCAAGGGACAGGGCGGUCGUUUCCCUGAUGAGGCUCACGACGCUGCGCUGGAGCUCUACCGGCUCGCAUUCAGAUCCGGGGUUGAAUUCGUUGACCUUGAGAUCGCGUUCCCCGAUGAGCUGCUGCACACCGUGACGGAAAUGAAGGGACAAUCUAAAAUCAUUGCGUCGCAUCACGACCCCAAGGGUGAGCUUUCAUGGGCGAACAUGUCAUGGAUCAAGUUCUACAACCGGGCGCUCGAGUACGGCGACAUCAUUAAACUCGUCGGCGUUGCACAGAGUCUCGACGACAACACGGCGCUCCGGAAGUUCAAGAACUGGGCCGCGGAAGCCCACGACGUUCCCCUGAUCGCAAUCAACAUGGGCGACCAGGGACAACUAAGCCGCAUUCUGAACGGAUUCAUGACUCCCGUGUCUCACCCUAGCCUACCAUUCAAGGCUGCUCCAGGCCAGCUCUCCGCAACCGAGAUCCGCAGGGGACUGUCUCUCAUGGGCGAGAUCAAGGCCAAGAAGUUCGCCAUCUUUGGCAAGCCAGUCUCCGGAUCCCCCUCACCUGCCCUCCACAACGCGCUCUUCAACAAAGUCGGCCUCCCCCACGACUACGGCCGCCUCGAGACCGCCACCGCCGCAGACGCCAAGGGCUUCAUCCGCGCGCCAGACUUCGGCGGUGCCUCCGUAACAAUCCCCCUCAAGCUCGACAUCAUGCCCCUCCUCGACGAAGUCUCCGCAGAAGCCGAAAUCAUCGGCGCCGUAAACACAAUCAUCCCCGUCCCAGGAGACAAGGGCAACCCCGCACGCCUAAUUGGCCGCAACACCGACUGGCAGGGGAUGAUCCACUCGCUACGCAACGCUGGCGUCUAUGGCCGCAAGGGUUCGCAGCCAGAAAGCGCGCUUGUCGUCGGCGGCGGCGGCACCGCGCGCGCUGCGAUCUACGCCCUCCACAACAUGGGCUACGCCCCGAUCUACAUCGUCGGCCGUACACCUUCUAAGCUGGAGAGCAUGGUCUCGACUUUCCCCAGCAGCUACAACAUCCGGAUCGUCGACAGCCCGGCUACGUUUGACACGAUCCCGCAUGUCGCGAUUGGGACUAUCCCCGCAGAUCAGCCCAUCGAUCCUGUGAUGCGUGAGACCCUGUGUCACAUGUUCGAGAAGGCGCAGGAGGCCGACGUCGACGCAGUCAAGUCCGUCGAGAGGGCCCCGCGAGUCCUCCUCGAGAUGGCCUACAAGCCGCGGGUAACCGCGCUGAUGAGACUUGCGUCUGAUUCGGGAUGGAACACGAUUCCAGGGUUGGAAGUAUUAGUCGGGCAGGGUUGGUACCAGUUCAAAUACUGGACCGGGAUCUCUCCGCUAUACGAAACCGCAAGGGCCGCGGUGCUCGAUUCGGAAUGA